AUGGAGGUUUCAUGCAAAAUUUUGAGAAGAUCAAUUUACAGUUUUCUUCAAAACUACCAUUAUUUCACCUCAACUGUAGCUUUUCUAGCCCUUCCUUUCUCAGCAUCAAUACUCCUAUCACAGGCUUUAGUUCCAGCCUCUUCAUCCCUCUUGCCUCAAAUACACAGUCACCUAAGGUCUCUCUUUGAUGCUGCUGGCUUUCCUUCCUCAUCAAAGUUGUUUACCAUUCUCAACCUCAAGGUUUCUCAAACGAUCACUUCUUCAAUCUUCACCCUUCCUUUCACUCUCACGUUUCUUCUCAUUGCAAAAGCAUCCAUAAUUCAAGCUCUAAAUCAACACAAACCAACUUUGAUACCUUCCUUCACUUCCAUCAUAUUGAAUUACAGGCCUCUCCUCCUCACCUAUUUCUACAAUUCUUUCUUCAUUCUCUCAGCAAAUGCAUCUUGCUUUUGCCUCCUCUUUUUGGCCUUCACCUUUGCUGAAGGAUUUGGAUACUCUACACCAAGUAGCACACAUUUGAUGUCAGCUGCAGCUGCAAUUCUUUUUUCUGUGAUCCUUGCCAAUGCCCUUGUGAUUUGCAACAUGGCACUGACUCUAUCUAGCAUGGAGAAACAUGGGGGGUACAUGGCAAUUCUGAAGGCCUGUGUUAUGCUAAGGGGAAAGACAUCAAUGGCUUUGUUCCUGGCACUGCCUGCCAAUGUAGGCCUUGCUGCCAUUGAGGCCUUGUUCCAGUUCAGGGUUGUAAGAGCCUAUCACAAUGGUGGAAUGCCAUCAUGGCCUUUUAUGGUUCUAGAGGGUAUUUUCAUUGCUUACUUGUACUCACUUUUCAUCAUCAUUGACACAAUCGUGAGCUGCAUGUUUUACAAAUGGUGCAAGGUGGGAUUGAAGUGUGAUCAGGAAGAAAAGCAUUUUUUGAGGAUUGAAUUCCCAGAGGAGAACAACUGUGGUUACUUGGUAUUAAAGAAUUUUGAAGAACUACCUUAA